AUGCUACUUGGAUGGUUUGCCGAAGCUGCCCUUGUGUCUCGUGACGCGGGCGGUGGCGCUACUACCACUGACGCUGUAACUGGCGUUCAGCGGCUCGCUGCGACUGAGGCGGAUGCGCAUAGGAGAGAAAGAGAAGAGUGUCGGGCCGAAGUGACGAGGGAGGCUGCGCAACUCCCUCUAGUGGAGGCGGGGUGCACCCUUGUUGCGGAGAACGUGCGGCCUGUUGUGGCGGCAGCAACGCCCGUGGGAGAGUCGGAACACGCUUUGAGUGACGCAGAACCGGCUGCAGCCGAGCUGGAGGGCCCCUCCCAGGCGCAGCCGUCCCCGAGCGCUGUGGCCGACGUCGUCUUGGAUCCCACGUUUGCAGAAGUGUCGCGGCCCUGCUCCGCGCCUGGCGCCAAGAAGGGCGGCGAUAGCAGUGCCGCCAUGACGGAGGCUGCCACGGCGUAUCUGUUGGAGCGGGCAGGCGCGGCUAUAGAGGCGAUGGGGGAGGCCGGGGACUUGUCAUACUCAACGCUAGAGGUAAAACUGCGGCGUGGUUUACUGGAGGCCGUCUCCACCCCCGUCUCUCGCCCCGGUGAAGUGACGGAGGAGUGGCGUGCCGGUCUUUGGGCCUUGGCGGAGCGCGUCGCCGCCGACUUCAUCUUUUUUGCGUCCAAGCAAAAGCUACGGGGCGUGGAUGAGAGCAUCUGGCACGGCGAGGCGUUCCUCACGCCGGAGGAGGUCGCGGCCCGCGCCCUCGCCGCCGUCACGCCGCGGCGCUGCUUUGAGGACCUGCAGCCGAGCGACUUACGCUUCCUGGUUCACCACUACGUGGAACUGGCCCGCAAUGGCACACUCAACGAGGACGUGUACAGGGAGGCGCGGCUGUGCGAGAAUCUCUUUGAGCGACGCGACGAGAAUGUCGCCUCCACGUUGCCGCCGCCGGUCUGCCGCGGUGGCAGUGCGAGAAAAAUUGGCGCUAGUAGUGGUGGGCGAAGUGCUCUUGCCGUGAACCAACGCCGUGCGGGGCUAACGCAGUUGGUUCUCGGGCAUGCUUUGGACAACCUGCUGGAGGACACGGUUGCAGACACCGCGAGGUGGGUGGCCUCCCUUGUGGCAACGUAG